AUGGCAAUUGGCUUCCCCUUCAUAUUCAUACUCUUUUCUCUGUUUUUAGUGCCCUCUUUCACCUUUCCUUUUGCCCCUAUCAUACCCAGAUUUCCCUCUUCAGCAGUUAGUGCAGAGCUAAAGCAACAGUCGCAUUCUGCCCCAGAUACCCUCUACAGAACAAAUUUCUUCACCCAAAUACUCGAUCACUUCAACUUUAAUCCCCAGAGCAAUCAAACUUUUCAACAAAGGUAUCUCAUCAAUGAUACCUUUUGGGGUGGUGUCAAGAACAAUGCUCCAAUCUUUGUCUACACGGGAAAUGAAGGGAACAUAGAAUGGUUCACUCAGAACACAGGCUUUAUGUUCGAAAAUGCUCCUUCUUUUCACGCCCUUUUGGUUUUUAUCGAGCAUAGAUUCUAUGGGAAAUCAAUACCAUUUGGGGGAAACAGGGAGGUUGCAUACGCAAAUGCUAGCACACUGGGGUAUUUGAGCUCCACACAAGCACUAGCUGAUUAUGCCACUCUCAUCAUUGAUUUGAAGAAGAAUUUGUCAGCAACUGAUUCUCCUGUUGUGGUGUUUGGAGGAUCCUAUGGAGGAAUGUUGGCAGCUUGGUUCAGGAUGAAGUAUCCACAUGUUUCUAUCGGAGCUCUAGCAUCCUCUGCCCCAAUUCUCCAUUUCAUGGAUUUGGUUUCACCUUAUAUCUUCAACAGCAUCAUCUCACAAGACUUCAGGAGCGAGAGUGAAAAUUGUUACAAAGUGCUAAAAGGGUCAUGGAAACUAAUAGAUGACAUAGCCAACAAACCCGGGGGACUGGAACUGCUACAGAAAUCAUUCAGAAUUUGCAAGAGCGAUGAUUUUGGGGCAGGUUCUUUGAAAGGUUGGCUUAGGACCGCAUGGGUUUAUACAGCUAUGACAGAUUAUCCCACACCAUCCAAUUUCCUCAAUCCCUUGCCAGCAUAUCCCAUAAAAAAGAUGUGCGAGGCAAUAGACAGGUCAGAGACAGAAAAGAGGGAUAGAUUGGAGAGGCUGCAUGAAGCAGCGAGUGUGUUCUACAACUACACAGGCACUGCAACGUGUUUCGAUUUGGACGACGAUUCAGAUCCUCACGAUCUUGGUGGAUGGCAAUGGCAGGCGUGUACAGAGAUGAUAAUGCCUGUAGGUGGAAGCAAUAAGCACAGCAUAUUCCCAGAAUAUGAGUGGUCAUAUCAGGACAGAGCUUCUUCUUGCCAAUUUUUCUACAACGUUACGCCAAGACCACAUUGGAUUACCACUGAAUUUGGUGGCCAUGCUAUUGAGACAGUUCUGAAAAGGUCUGCAAGCAAUAUUAUAUUCUUCAAUGGUUUAAGAGAUCCUUGGAGUGGUGGAGGGGUGUUAAAGAAUAUAUCAAAAACAGUAGUUGCUAUGGUUGAAAUGAGAGGAGCUCAUCAUGUAGACCUAAGGUAUUCUACUAAGGAAGAUCCAAAGUGGCUUAAAGAUGUAAGGAAACAGGAGGUAAAGAUCAUAGCAAGUUGGAUCUCACAAUACCAUCAAGAUCUACACUCCAAUAACUGA